UUCAGCCCCCGUAGCAGAUUCCUUUCGUACUUCCGUGCCAGGGCCGCUAUCGCUCAGUCACACCCUAACUUUAAAAUUACAAUGGCUUGAAGACUAGCCGCAUCUCCUCCCUGCGCGCCACGCCCAAAGGACUUUAUACUUGUGUCAGAGGAGUUUGUGUAACGCUUCAUAAUAUUUCAGAUCUGAACUACGGCAGCAAUUUAACGAAAUCAACAUGUCCCGGGGCGUGCUUUUCUGCUUGGGCCUGUGGACGGUGUUCUGUUGUUCUGUGGAGUCAUGUGUUCUGAGGUCAGUCCGUGUUCAGGUACCUGAGCAGUUGCAGGCUGGUACAGAGGUGUCAAAAGUGAAUUUGCGUGGCUGUGUUGUCAGAGAGCUGAAGACUAGUGAUCCAGACUUCUUCGUCCGCUCAGAUGGAACCAUCCUCACCUCCCACGUCACUACGGUAACGGCGAGGGGCCGGUUGUUCUGGGUUUGGGUGUACGAUGAGAGGGGCGACGUGAUGAAGGUGGAUGUCAGCCUGACGAGCAGAGCUGAGGAGCCUCGGAGGAGGUCAGCGGGGUCGGCCGUUCUCCGACGAACAAAGAGACGAUGGAGCCCUCUUCCGUUCAGCAUCACCGAGAAUGAAAAUCCGCCUUUCCCGAAAGAAAUCGAUGUGAUCGGUUCUGACUCGUCUGUUAAUUACACGGUCUAUUACCGGAUUGUUGGCCCGGGGGUUACUGCACAUCCUGUUGGUGUUUUCUCUGUGGACACCAGGACAGGAAUGCUCAAAGUCAACAAAGCCGUCGAUCGAGAGGAGUUCCCACAAUUUGUUUUCACAGCUCACGUGUACGAUGUUAUGACGAAAAAGGAGACAGACCUUCCCCUGCCUGUCACUGUCAUCGUGAAGGACGUAAAUGACAAUGCUCCAGAAUUCACCGCACCCCUCGUGUUUACCGUAGAGGAACAGUGCAUCCCCGAUACUGUUGUCGGGAAAGUUAACGCCACAGAUAAGGAUGAGCCGAACACUCCACGCACUCUGAUUAGGUACAGCCUGAUGAACGGAACAGACCUCUUCUUCAUCAACUCCUUUAACGGAGUUAUAAAAGCUAAAACCAGCAAUCUGGACAGAGAGACGAAGGACAAGCACUACGUUUCCAUAAUGAUCAAAGACAUGGGUGGGACGGCAGAGGGUCGGUCCAGCACGCAGACGGCUGUGAUCACAGUGACGGACAUAAACGACAACCCGCCCACCUUCAGAGAGCCGUUGCUUAAAGCCCGCGUGCAGGAGAACCAGGCGGACAAGCUGAUCCUCCGCAUCCCGGUGGACGACAAGGACGCGGAGGGAACGCCGAACUGGAAGGCCGUCUUCGUGAUCGCCAAAGGGAACGAAAACGGCAGCUUUAAAAUCGAGACUGACCCCAAAACCAAUGAGGGACUACUGUAUGUUAUCAAGCCACUGGACCAUGAGAAAGGGGAGGUGGUGAAACUGGAGAUUGUUGCCCAGAAUGAAGCUCCUCUGACGGGGACAACGCUCUCCUGGGUGUCCGUCCCUGUGGAGAUCACGGUGGGAGACGAGGACGAGGGACCCGAGUUCUCUCCGUCCAUCAUACAGUUCAGAGUCAAAGAGAACGUCCCCAACGGAACCCUUAUCGGAACCUACACGGCCAAGGAUCCGGAGACCAAGAGCAGCAAGGGCAUAAAGUACUACAAGAUCUCGGACCCGGCAAACUGGAUCAGCCUGUCUGAGAGCAGCGGAGAGCUGAGGACUGCAAACACAGUGGACAGAGAGUCGGACUAUGUCUCUAACAGCAUGUACAACAUUACAGUCAAAGCUGUGGAUGAGAGUCGGAAGACAGGCACGGGGACCGUGAUGAUCUUCAUCGAGGAUGUGAACGACAACAUGCCGAGGAUCACGGAGCCGUCCAGAGUGGUGUGUGAGACGGGCGGAACGCAGGGCUACACCGUGGUGACGGCAGACGACCCCGACCUGACUCCUUACUCUAAACCCUUCACCUUUGAACUGGGAGAGGGUGCUGAUGGGAAAUGGAGGCUGAAGGAAGACACAAGUUCAUCGAUGCUGUUGGAGCCGGCAGUGGAUUUGCCGAUUGGCGAGUACAAGGUUCCGCUGAUAGUGAAAGACUUGCAGGGUUUUGGAGAGGAGCAGAUGGUGACGGUGCGCGUCUGUGAGUGUGUGACGGAGGAGAAGAAAGGCGAGGGAGUGUGUAAAGCACAGCGCCACUCUGCCAGUCUGGGCGUGUGGGCAGUCCUCGCCAUCCUGCUGGCAUUCCUAUUGGCAUUGCUACUGUGCCUGCUCCUCAUGUUCGUGUGCAGUACAGCGAGAGAGAAACUCUACAUAGACGACGGAACGGGAGGAAUGCUGCUGAAGUCCAACACUGAGGCCCCUGGAGACGAAGUGAAGGAAGGAGCGCUCCUGCUCACGCCCGCUAGCGCGGUGGACAUCACGACCAAAGGCUCCGCGAUGGAGCAGCAGUUCGGCACGGGGCCGGCCGCCGCCACCGCUGGACAGCAGACUCUCCAAGGGAGCGCCAGUAUGUUCCAAAACGUCAGCAAGGACUUCAUGACUACAGAGACGCACAACAUGACUGACUACUAUGCCUCAGGUCGCUAUGGCACCGGUGUCUAUGGUGACAUGUAUGCGAAAUACUCCAGCCUGUCGACCUUUGACACGUGGAAAACCAAUGAGAUUUACCUGGACAAGAAACUGGAUUUCUUUGGCGAGGAGGAGGAUGACCGGUUCGCCGUCGACCUGCUGAGGGUUCAUGGGUAUGAGGGUGAAGGGUCUUUGGCGGGGUCCGUCGGUUGCUGUAGCAACCUGAGUGACCAAGACAACCUCGACUUCCUGAACUCCCUGGGACCUAAAUUCAAAACGCUGGCUGAAGUUUGCAUGAAUAGACGAGGAGAAGAGUGAGACUUCAGAGAGAAAGCGUGAGAGAGAAAAGCAUGGAGACACAUGGAGACACUAACACUGGAUGAGAAACAUGAAAAAAUGCUGAGAAAUGCGGAGACUGUGACACUAUAUUUUGAUAACCUGAAAUUUGCCUUUGGCAGAGUCUAACCCUAACUCUAACCUUGCUCUCCCUGUGAGUGGGCUGGAUACCGCUACAUCCAAAAGUGUCUGUGUGUGUGUGUGUGUGUGUGUGUGUGUGUGUGCGCGUGUGUGUGCGUGUGUGUGUCUGUCUCUGUUCCUCUGCUGUACUGAAAAUGUGUGGAAAUUUCUGGAAUUUUGUAUGUGAGUAAUUUUUGCUGUAGUUUGUUCAGUGAUAAGUUUUUUCUCUUCGUGGACACACACUGAGUUUUUGUUUUUGCACUGACCCAGGUAAAGCUUCUGUAGGAGCAGGUAAAGAAUGGCUUUCUCUUAUGCACGAGUGUGUGUGUGUGCGUGUGUGUGUGUGUAGGGCUAUUGCGGUAUAGACGUUUCCUUACCGCGGUAUGUGAAGCGUACCACUCAUGCGGUUUGCGGUAACACUGCGGUCAAACCCCCCUCUUUUAAUUGACCAUUCAUUUGACUUGACUUGUCCCACAUUACGCUUCCAUUGCAGGGAAUUUACAUUUCGCUCUCGCUCACGUCGCAUGGGGGCGAAAUUUGCUCUGAUUGAGCGAGAUCGGAGUGAAUCCGGUGAAGCAAGCGAAAUUGAGACGGCAAAUCCCCAACUUUAUGCAAAUAAAAACCAAGCGAGAACCAGUCAGUUCAGUGUGUGAUGUGUUUGAUGUGUGAGGUUC